AUGAGAAAAUCAACUCGACAAAUCAAGAAAGAAGUUCCAGAUACUCCAGGCUCAUCCGAUAACCCCUUCGAGAUACCGGAUGAGGACUUUGAUGAUGAGCCUGAAACCAGCGAUCCAGCUUCGCUGAUGAAGAAGAUGGACAUGGCCCUUGGACUCAAUCCGGGUCAUUGGACGGCGGGAGCAGACAUUCAGCCGCUCUUCGAACCAGAUACGGAUAAUUCGAGCCGAGAACAAAGCCUAAAUCCAUCUACUUCGCGCACGCCGAGAAAAACUAGAAAGAAGGUGGUCGUUGACGCGGAUUUUAUGAAUUGCAAUUUUUGUGGUCGGCCGAUACAGACGAAUUUCGGGAAGUAUAAGAUUUCUCGAAGCCUCGGACUGCACGCAUUUUUGCACAUGAACUGGAGGCCAUAUCGUUGUACAGUGUGCAACCAUCAGGCCAAGCAGCACGUUGGCAUUUCUUCGCGAAAGUGCCCAGACCAUAGAAAGCGGAAGAAGCGUGAGGAGGGUUCCGAUGCCGAGAUGCCGGGCGUAAAGCGAAGUAUCGAAAUCGCCGGAUUCCGAUGUGAAUACACAAUGCCUUCCGGGAUGCAAGAUCCGCCGAUGGCGUUCCCACAGCCUCUAUUUCCGCAGUUGCAAGAAUUGUAUGACGUUCCGACUACUUCCCAUGAAGACGUCAAGCCAGAGGUCAUAAAGGAUUUGCGACCUUGCGAAGAGUGCAAGCAAUUGCGAGGAAAGCUGGCCGAGAAAGAAGCUGAAAUUGAGGAUUUGAAGCAACGCUUAGCCAUUGCCGAUGCGUUGCAGCAAAAUCGGGGCAACGAAGCGCACGAACAGCUGCUCUGCGAAAACCGAGAGCUGAAGCGGAAACAGGAGAAGUUCUUCACUCACAUUGGCGAGCUGAGCACGCAGAAUCGCUUCCUGAGCGAUGAGGUUGAUGGGCUGAUGGAACGGUUGUCGAGGAGCGAGGGAAGAAGU